UGUCCUGCGUGCACUAAUUAAGUUUCUAGAAGUCCCGUUUUGAAUGCAAGAGAGUGCCAGCCCUCUGACCAGGUGAGAAGAGGAGACUUGCCUACUAAAGUCAAAAGAGAAAAGUUUAUUGCAAACCACCAUGGCAACAAGCUCGAUUUUAUUUCGCUGUUAUAAAGCAAAAACCUUGUAUGGAUUGGAGGUACAAGUUGAAAAAGACUAUUGUUAAGCAAGGGAUCAUUGGCAACCUUGAGAACUAUACACUGGAAACAGAUGGAAAGUUGAAAGAGAAAAUUGACUACUUUUAUAAGGGUUAUAAUAACUCUAUUAAUUAUAAGUAAAUGGAUGGAGUUUAAAGAGGAAGCUCAGUCCCAAACUAAUAAAGAACACAAAACUAAAUGGAAGGAGAUAUCCAAACUAGUUAAAGAUGACCUAGCCAUUGACUGAUUUAAACCAAGUAAUUCACACAAGAAGAAAAAGGAAAAUAAGAGACUCAAUAAAUACUCAAAGAACCGGAAUAAGAAUUUGUUACGGGAUAAGUCCGAUACUGAAAAAUUAGUGAAUUUCAGUAAUAGAAAGUUCACUUCAGAGCUUAGAGGUUUGGACCAGUUUAAAGCAAUGAACACAAUGCCACUCAAUACUACAAGUAUGCAGAAGAAGGCAUAUUCGGAAGAGCAAGAUUCUCGCACUCCUCCUCCACCUAAAAUUUUAAGCUCUCCCCAAAAUACUAAGAUUCUUAAAUCUACCCUUGUUCCUAUUGAUGCAAAAUAAAGCAAUUUUUAAUUUCAAAAAUCAAGUGUCUACAAAGGAAUUCGCAAUGACACCUCCGAGUGUCAACCUGAACCCUAUCAAAGAUGAAGAAAGGGGAGUCAGCUUAAGGAAAGAGCCUUCAUUUAAAAUUAGAAAAAAACGCAGACUGCUUAGGACUCGAUUCAAAGGGUUUACCACUCAAAACCCAUUUUUGGAUAAAGUGAUAAAAAAGCAGAGGGACAAAAGUAGACCUCCCAGGAGUUCAAAGCGAGCACAAAAAAGCAUGAAGAUCAAUAUUAGCAAAGAGCCCGAUGAUAAUGCAAUUGAUCUUCCUUUAAAAACCAAAAGAAAUAGGGUUUUUAGUGCUGACAUUAAGGAAAUCAAGGAUGACAGUUUUCUGUUUCCUCCAAAAGUGGUUAAUGACAGUGAUGAAAUUAAACCUAAAGUAAGAAGAUCAUUCCAAAAUAAGCUGCAGAACCAAACGCCUAAUAUAACUAGUCCAGACAAAGAGAUAUAUCCUGAUCUUCCUGAUGCUAGAGGAACUUCAAUUUUGGAUCCUUCUGAGUUACAAUCUUUCUUAGAAUCAAGCCUUGCUGAAGACAAGUCAUUACUAUUGCAGAGACCCUCUAGAAUCUUGUCUCCAAAGCCAAGGAUCAACACGAAUUUAAUUAGAAUGAAAAGGACUAAAAGAUUAACAAAAGCAUCUCCUUUCAAGCCAUACCUUCUAUAAACAUUUGAACGGAAGUGAC